AUGAACGAAAGUGAAUGGAGACCUUGCUGGAUUCGUGGUGGAAUACUUGAAGAAUUCACUUGGAUUGGCAAAGAUGUUUUGGCAUGGACUUCGGGAUUCUAUAUAAUAUUUUUUAACGUUGUACAAAAUAAGGUUAGUUUACGUUGGUGCUCGAAGCAGUCUACUGGCGAAGGAGCCAAGUGCAUAUCGGGACAUCCGAACCUCAUGCUGUUUGCGUUCUCCGAGAAAGUUUCAAAUCCCAGAAUUUUGAUCCAGUCAUAUCCGUCUAUGAAUAAGAUUAUAGAAUUGACACGUGGUUCUGCCAAUGGAUAUCUGGCUAUCACUUUCACUACUCGGGAUUGGCUGGUCUCCUUAGGAUCAUUGCCACAAUUCUCAUUGAUUAUCUGGUCCUGGCGUACUGGUGAGAGGAUAAUCAGCGUUGAUACACAGGCUAACAAUUUGGAAGGACAGAAACUCAGGGCGACAUAUCUGGGCAAGUGCUUAAUUGCUCAUCUGAAUCAAGAAACUGGAAAUGUUCACAUAUGGGAAGCAAAUACUUCUGGAAAAACUGUACUCCUCACAGAUUAUCGUAUCAAAUUUCCGCAUCUCGUAAAGGCACAUGGAAUGGAUUGGGGAUAUGAUUCGGGAACGCUUUUAUUAGCAAUCACUGAUAAGCGCUCGGAUGUUUAUCUGUGCCAUCAAGACGGUACAAAUUUGCAACGGGUCGUUAUCACGCAACGCUGUCAGGAAUGUGUCAGCGAUCAGUUGCCAGAAAUAUGUUGGUACAAUGGUGGAAUAAUAUUGAAGACAACCUUCUGUCAGAUACGUUUUUACAGAAAAACUGAAAAGAAUCAAUGGCGAAAAUUGUGGUAUAUCAAAACCGAUUACACACCCUACAGUCUAAGAUCGAAUUCAUUUAAAACAAAUCGUCUGUACUGUCACACGCGCGAAGGCGAUCUCUUGCAAAUAUAUUUUGCGGAAGGUCAGGAUACAGCCGUUCUAGAGACUCGUUUGGAAUAUGGCAGAAAAUAUCGUUUUGCGAACUUUCUGUAUCCUUGGGGACAUCAUUUAACAGUCACCGACGAAACGCGCAAGCUUGGUGUUAUAGAUGCGCAUUUUGGCAAAAACGUGGCUGAAGUUAACCUACCGUUUUCCGAUGGCAUAUCCGAACACGUGACUCAUCCAGAUUAUCCAAUGGCAGCGUUGACCAGUAUCAGCGGUGAAAUUAUUCUCCUGGGUUUGAUUAACCCAGAGGCGCCACAAGUCAUUUUGCAUUAUCAGUUACAAACUGACUGUCUGGAUUUGCUCAAGUUUUCACGCUGCGCUAAUUAUGUGAUAGCAAGCCAAUCAACAACUGGCAAUUGUUUUUGUAUUGAAUUAUCACACACGAGGCCCUUUGAAGUGGUAGCACAACUACAGGCAAAACGACAAAUAGUAGACGUAUUGCUGUACGAAUCUCUCAGUGGAUAUUUGAAACUACUUGUACUUCACGUGUCAUCGAAACAAGCUGCCAUCGGUCAUCAAAUAAUUCUCUAUGAUCAGCCAGUUGGUCAGUUGCUGUUUACUGAUCCUAUCUAUAUGUUGGAACUUGGCAAUGGCUUCAGGUCCUUACAUUACAGUCCAGAUAGUGAAACAGGUUUUAUUGGGACCCCUUAUUUGUCUAAACAAUUGCACGUUUUUGAGAUGCAAGAAUGGAAGGACGUAAGUCUUUUGGAUGCUCUCAAUACCGGGCAUGAGGUACGACAGGCUAACAUAUUUAGUGACAGACAUUGGAUUGGUACCAGUGCAAUGGAUGGUCGUGUGGUUAUCAGAGAUAAAAAUAUAAACAGCAUUGUAGUUAAAUUGAUGCCUCAUCAUAGAUGGGACUUAGGUUCUAGAAAUGUGUUUAUGGGAUUAUCUGGUGACUUGAUAAUUGCCUUAGGCUAUAAUGGUUCCUUAGUGGCCAUGAAAUUGUCUAAGGACGAAGAACCAGAUUCGGCUACCCCAGAAAAUGUAUAUCGCAUCAAUUGGGAUGAAUACACUAAACACAGGGAUGUUAUUCUGGCCGAUUAUGGUACCCUGGAUCCAUUAAUAUCUGAAAUGCUGAUGAGAACUCCGGUUAAUUUUACGGUUGACGAAGGGUCGUUGAAACUAUCCUGGAUAGAGUGGCGAUUGCAACAAGAAGUAUCUGAGGAGGCUGAAGGAUGCGCUUCGAACAAGGAUGUCAUUAAAAAAAAUUUUAAUGCCCUUAGAUAUAAAGUGACCAAACUCUUGGACAUCAACGAGAACUGUCCGGAAAUUGAAAGAUUGCCAUUAUCAGAAUUCGACCUGGACAAAGUGACUCGUGAGCAGAAGAUGAAGGUUGCCAGGGAUGAGAGAGAAGAUGCAAGGCUGGAACUGGAGUCGAAUUGCAUCUCGAUGGAUCGCGUGUCCAAUUGGCUGAAGACGACUUUCUGGGACCCCCAAAAAGUCAAGGGCCAGUCGAUUUUCUCGAUAUUCGGUAGCAUCGAAGUCACGAACUACGCCUUUGUUGCUGAACAUCCUCACGCUCAGGAAUAUCUUAGGUGGUCCCAAUUCUCAAAAGAUGUUAUAUCCAAUAUCAUGGAGAACGACAGCUUUUGCCCAUGGAGAGUUUACACGGACUCCCAAUUGAAAAUUGAACUGAAUAAGCAAGUCAGACUGCAUCGCAGCGACGAGAAGCAACGUAUAGAUGCACUUCUCUUAGCUGCAGAAGAAGAUGAGGACAAAGGAAUAGAUGCUGCUGAGAUUAAUAAUCAAAGAGCAAUGGAAGGUAUGACUACUUAUAGAUUCAUCGAACCCUCAUCGCAUUUUCAUCCACAAUUUAGUGUCUAUAGCUUUUGUCAUAUGAUCUAUGACAAUAGAAACUUGGUACAGGACUGUAUGAAUCUACGUAAAUACUUCAAUAAAUUAUUUAAUGAUAUGUAUGGCGUGAAAGAGCGUGAAAUGACGUUCGUGCAAGAGAGAAAUGAGAGAUUGAGAUAUAUUGAUUCCGAAUUGAAUAUUAUGUUCGGUCAGAAUAUUCCGGAAGUCCCAAUGGAGCCAGAAUGGCAUCACAAGGAAAAACCAGAGAGCAUCAUUAGAGUCAUGGAACAGGAAGUGAAGGCGAAGCCAUACAUUUCUCCAUCUCAACAGGAAAUAUUAGAUAGACAAACCAUGGAAGCAGAUCGACUGAGGUUGCUUCUACUGGCUGAUGACUUUCGCGAGAAGGCACUGAUGGCAAUGAUGGAUGGUGUCCUGGAAGUGCGCUGGGAGGACAUCAUUAAGAAGGAUGAACCGAAGCCUCAGUGUAUGCUAAUGAAAGAACCGGACGAGUACACAGCAGAAGAUAUACUUUUGGUACAGCAAUACGAGAGCAAUGUGGAAUUUCUACAGCACGAGCGAGAGAGAUACAGGAGAAUUUUGGAAUCCGAUUUCCAGAAAGUCAGCGGACUUCUGAAGGAGGGUAUUGAUAAGUUUAACAGUCGUCUUCGUGAAUUCUUUCAAACGAGACUGAAAGUCGAAGCAGCAACGCUUCAAUUGAAUUUGCGCUACGUGAGGAUAUGCCUGAGGAAUUUUCAACUAUUGAAACUCUUCAUGGAGGAUGACCUUAUCAGAGAGAAGAUCGCUUCGAAACAGAAAGAUUUAUCAUUGAUAAUGGAACAUGUACGUAUCUUACAAAAUUCUACUACGGAAUUGCGCGUGAAUUUUGAAUCCUUCUCUUAUCGUGAAAAGUCGAUAGAAAAAAAGUUCAGGUCAGAAUUUCAUACCGUUGGUAAGGGAUUACUUGAAUUGUUGAUAAGGCAGUACAAGAGGAGACCUUAUACAGUACCAAAAGAAAUAUUGUCCUGUGACCUAUUGGAAGUAGGAAAGUGUGCGGCAACUUUCACAAAAUCAACCCUGAUUCCUCAAUCUUGUAUCGAUUAUGUCAAAGCACUGGACCUCUUAGAUAUUCGUCCUGCAACAUUGCCACAGUCCAUAGACUCUGGGCACUGGGACCAUCUGGUCAAGGCACGUCGACACAAAAUAGAAAUGGAAAUGAAAAUAAAAGCGAUAGCUGCAGAUAUAUUGGAAGCGGAACAUACUAUCAUGGAAUUAAAUAAGAAAAUUACAAGACACAAAACCGAGAUAGAUAACCUGAGGGAGCAAUUGGGCAAACUGCACCAGGACAAGAUCGACUUUGCUCAGAACGUGGAGACUCAAUUCGUGCUGAAGAUGGGCCAGGUCGAAAUUCAACCUAAUGGGCAUCUUAGGGACACGAGGAACGCCAUCUUCAUACCCAGAUACGAAGUCGAGAAAGUUAAUCAGGCGAUAUUAAAUGCAGGUGAUAAGAAGUUACAGGCCAUGACCAGGACCAUUAAUUUUCAUAGAGGUAUACUCAUCAAGGAAUGGACACACAAAUAUUUCAAAAUGAAAAUUGAAGAUUUACGGGAAGAAUUGUCCUCUAUUGCAAAUGUAAAUGUUACUAGAGAUAUUCAAGUAUACUUGAAACGCAAAGCUAAGAACAUCAAGGAUGAUAAGAUUGCGCAGCAGCUGGAACGAGAACUAGAGGUGAUGCACAGAAUCUUUGAAAAAUCCUUGAAAGAUUGGCUCCUCAAGAUGAAUGAUGUUGAUAAUAAGAUCCAGACAACUAAGAGGAAUAAUUCACUCCUCGACAAAAGUAUUACGGAAACGAACGUAACUAGAUGCGAAAUGGAAUUACAGAGAAACUUGACUGCCGAGGAGGAGGAAGAAGAAUGUCGCGAUGGUAGGAUGAAGAUGAUCGUGGAAAGAUCAGAACUGAUGAGGAAGCUCCAGGAAAAUUAUGCUGAGCUCUUGGUAAUGCAAACGGAACACGAGCUUCUUCGUCUACGGAGAUUUCCUGCACUUGAUUGUUUCAGGACUCUGUACGAUGACGUUAAUGAUAAACGAAAUUAG